AUGACCGGCGCAAACCCCGGUUCCUCCAUAACCCCAGCAGUUUUCCGCCAACUCCACGUCAAACUCCCCACCGAAACGUUCCGGAAGACCCUUCCCAAAGAGUGGUUCCCCCGGCAGCUACCCCUUUUUGAGCCGGAAGACCAUGAGUUUGAGAAACCCGACCUCUAUCACCGUGACUACACGACAGAGAAUCCCAACGAGUUGCUCUUUUCAUCACUGAACGACCGCGCGUCGAGGCCAGGCUCUCCUCAGCGCCGUACUUUCCUAGGCCCUAUGCCUACGCAUUAUAACGGCGGGACGCUGAGCAACCUCAUGGGGAUGUACGCCGACGGCGAUAUUGGCGCGGUCAUCCCGGAGUCGCUCAUCUGGCACGUCAUGGACCAGCAGGGCCGCGCGGUCCUGUCGAUGCGCAAAGGCUGUUCCAACGACUUCAUCGAGAAGGAUCUCGGCGUCGACAAGCUGCUGAAGCUUAGCCGUGGCGAGGACGAGCAGCCCCAUCCGUUUGAUAAGUUGGACUGGGACUGGAAACCGUUUGCGCAUCGCGCCAUCACGGAAGACAACAUCUUGCUGCAUUUCCGCGAGGACGGCGGACCAUUGACCCGCUGCUUUCCAGAGAUUGUCCUCGAGGGUUUCAACAAUGCGGGGUUUGGGAACGAGCUGGGUGAUAUGAAUGCUAUGUCUCCUGCCGAGAGGAUGGCUGUGGUUUGGCAAGACCUGCACAUGAUCGGAGAGCUAUGCUGUCGUCUAGUGACGAACCACGGCGCUCCCACACCCCCGCGACAUGGCGACAAGCAAGCCGCCGCUGUUAGCCGGAUGCUCUCGAAGUACCUGCCGGAGAUUUUUACGCUGGCAGACAGGCAGAAACCGGCAUAUCCCAAGGAGCUUAUCGAGUUGCUGGAGAAAUUUGAUCGCUUCAAUCCUUCCAGAUCCCAGACACAAGUUCAAAGUGCUGCUGCCAGCAUGCACGAUCUCGACCAGUUCUACUGGAAGUUCUUCUUCGAGUAUCUUUCUAUCGCGAUGAAGCAAACGGAGCUGUUUCGGAUUCGACUGAUGAGGCUGGAGGAACUAGCCGGCGUGGAUGGCGAGGACGGCGACAGAGCCAUGGCCGUCGUCUCCUGGGUCAAGCCAAACCCAAAGUUCAAUCACAUCCCGUACCACCCUGGUGACGGGAACAAGGAAAGCCAGAUGGAGAAAACUGAGAAAGAACAUGAGGCGAUCGCAUUCAGCAGCGCGAGGCUGAUGAUGGUGAGCAUGAUUUCCUAUGAACAAGCUGCCGCGGACCAGGGUGCCCAGGGCCAGGAAGCGGCAGCCAGCUCGCCCCUGCCCAACAAGCUCCAAUUCAACCUGAUCCCCCUCCAGUUUCCCCAAUCCAGUCUCCCCAGGUUCAAGCUCCGCCGGUCCAACCCCAGACCCCGCCUACUGCGCCGGCUCAACCUGCCCCGAAACAACCUGCCCCGGUACAACCAGCCGCAGCACAACCCGCGCCACCAACCCCAGCUCCGGUGCAGCAAGCUGCAGCCAUUCCUGCCCCGCGGUCGGGAGUUAGACGCUCGGCUCGGCUCGCAGGCCAUGCAGCGCCGGCCAUGUCUCCCCCUCCACCAAAGCGACGCCGCGACAAUGCAAAUGCGGGAGCAGCGGUGCGAUCAGUGCCGGGACGACAGCUAA